GGGGGAUUUCGUCGAGGGCCUUGUGGGGAGCUGGUGAUUAAACUGCUUCUUGCGUCCUCCAUACAGAGGAGUGCACAGGGCACUCUGGACACAGGAGUAGCUUGUGCAAAGGAAGCGAAUGUGUAACUACACACGGCUUGUGCGUCAAGCCAGGCAGUGUUGAGUCAAGGGGUGACAGGGUCUGAUGUGUUGUUUGAAGGGAUCAUCCUAGUGGAUCGUUUCUGUACAUGUGAGACCUUGGGGAGGAGGGCUGGAAAUGGACAUGAAAUUCCACUGGAUUCAUCAUGAAGCUUGUCAAAGACAGACUCACACUCAUCCAUCCUAGUGCCUGGUGAACAUGACUGACUGUGGUUGAGGCAGAGUGGCUCACCGUGGACACACUGAAUUAGCCUCCUGGGCUUUUGGGUAGAAUACUUGCAUGCAGUUCUGUUUUCCUGGCUUAUUUAUUUUUUUUUAGAUUUUAUUGAGUUCAUCAGACUCCUCAGUUCGUUAUACAUUUAACUGCUUCAGGCAGGGCCUCUAUCUCUUUUGUAUUUAUAUAUGUAUUCCCUUUUAUCCCCUUUCCUUCCUUCUCCCCCCACCCUCCGCCCACAGGAAACCACCCUGCUAUGUUUAGUGUAAAUCCUUUUAUUUGCCUGUGUCCUUGGUUGUACGCAUAGAUUUUUAAAAAAAAUUUUUUUAAUGUUUAUUUGUUUUUGAGAGAGACAGAGACAGAAUGCGAGUGGGUUAGGGGCAGAGAGAGAGGGAGACACAAUCUGAAGCAGGCUCCAGGCUCUGAGCUGUCAGCACAGAGCCUGACGUGGGGCUCGAACUCACAAGCUGUGAGAUCAUGACCUGAGCCGAAGUCAGACGCUCAACGCUCAACCGACUCCGCCACCCAGGCGUCCCCAUAGAUUUUUAAUUUACAUAAAUGGUAUUCUGCCUAGAGUUCCUUGUUUCUUUUUUCCCCUUCAGGGCUGUGUCUUUGGGAUUUUAUUGAUGAUCCUGUGAGUAUCUCUGAGGUGGCUUCUAAAUGCUAACCAGGUUUCCAUAGAUGCAUCUCCCAUAUUUUACUUCCUUGACUUAUCAGCGCCUCCCCCCUCCAGUGCCUCUCCCCGUGGCUCCUAGAUUGUCUUCCACUUCCUGCCACAACACACAGUGCUGGGGUGAAAAUCCUUGUACCCAACUCCUCCCUCAGCUUUUUGAUACAAUUUCGAGAUGUUGACUUGGGCUUCCCUUAGAUAAUCCUGGCCUCGGUUGGUGUCCCACAGGGUUAGACUUGUUUGACCUCGGUGAGGUCCUGACCUUUCUUGAGCUAUAUUUGUUUUUGGUAGAUUGUGAUCCUAGUUGGUUCCCCAACUCUUGGCAAACAUUCUUUUGUGGUGCCAUCUUUCCUAGUUGAUCAUCUCACAGGCUGUGUGGUUGGUUUUCUGUUGCUUGGUGUCAUUAAUCAUUGCUGUGCACUCAUUCCAGCCACAGAUACUGGCUGCUUUCCUCUCCUGGUGAGAUGGCGGCCUGUUUAAGCUGGUUUAAGUGUGAUGCGAAGUGCUUCAGAGAAGGGCUCUGGAGCCAGACUGCCUGGCUUCACUUACCAGGUCCUCCCCUUUCUUAGCUUCAUGACCUUGGGCAAGUUAUUUAAUCUUCUGUCAUCUGUAAAAUGGAUCUAAUAACUAGACCUACUUCAUGGUGUUUUGAUAAGAAUUAAAUCAGGGGCGCCUGGGUGGCUCAAUCGCUUAAGUGUCUGACCCUUGAUUUUGGCUCAGGUUAUGAUCUCAUGGUUGGUUGUGAGAUUGAGCACUGUGUCAGGUUCUGGCUAACAGUGCAGAGGCUGCUUAGGAUUCUCUCUCUGCCCCUGCCCCCCCUCAAAAUAAAUAAAUAAACAUAAAAAAAAAAAAACUAGUUAAUGCACGCAAAGUCGUUAGAACAGUGCCUGGCACAUGUUAAGACCCUAUGAAACAUUAUUAGUAGGAGUAAUAAUAAUUAUUACUAUUUCAGACAGGAGUCCCUGGUAUAUUUUGCCCAUAUGGGUCAUAUUCAGUUGUAGGGUAUUUGCCCAGGGGGCAUGAGGAGGGAGGCAUGACCUCUGUACAUCACAAUUAUGAUUACAAAUUCUAGUGUGAUGACAUCAGCCAUAAGGAUAGAGGGCAAAACCACAUCUCUAGGCCCUGGUUGCCAUUUCCCCAUCACUCAUCCCUUGUCUGCGAAGGAGGGGGCUACAAGCUGGGCCAAGAUGAGGCCAGGGCUGGCACUGCCGGUAUGAAUAGGGAGUCUCGUGAAACUGGGAGCAUCCCGACGGUCCCCUCAGCCAUGGGAUUCUUGUGUGUUACUCUGGACCCUUUGAGAGAAUGGACAGGCAGAGGCCACCAUGGAGCAGUGUGCGAGUGUGGAGAGAGAGGUGGACAAGGUCCUGCAGAAGUUUCUGACCUACGGGCAGCACUGUGAGCAGAGCCUGGAGGAGCUGCUACACUACGUGGGCCAGCUGCGGGCUGAGCUGGCCAACGCAGCCCUCCAGGGGACCCCUCUCUCUGCCACCCUCUCCCUGGUGAUGUCCCAGUGCUGCCGGAAGAUCAAAGACACCGUGCAGAAACUGGCUUCGGACCACAAGGACAUUCACAGCAGCGUCUCUCGAGUGGGCAAAGCCAUCGACAGGGUGAGCCUGCAGGCAUCCCUGGGCUGGGGGUGGGGAUGCCCUGGAGCUAGUGUGUCGGGCUCGGUGGGAGGUGGGAAAGUGAGCGUGAGCAGCAUGGAUGCUGAGUCACGGAGCCCUGUCUCUUGUCCUCGUCAGAACUUUGACUCUGAGAUCUGUGGUGUCGUCUCUGACGCAGUGUGGGACUCACGGGAGAAGCAGCAGCAGAUCCUACAGAUGGCCAUCGUGGAGCACCUGUACCAGCAGGGCAUGCUCAGUGUUGCCGAGGAGCUGUGCCAGGAAUCCACCCUGAAUGUGGACUUGGACUUUAAGCAACCUUUCUUGGAGCUGAAUCGAAUCCUGGAAGCUCUGCACGAACAAGACCUAGGGCCGGCAUUGGAGUGGGCCAUCUCCCACAGGCAGCGCCUGCUCGAGCUCAACAGUUCCCUGGAGUUCAAGCUGCACCGACUGCACUUCAUCCGGCUCCUGGCGAGCGGCCCCGAGAAGCAGCUAGAGGCCCUCAGCUAUGCCCGGCACUUUCAGCCAUUUGCACAGCUGCACCAGCGAGAAAUCCAGGUGAUGAUGGGCAGUCUGGUGUACCUGCGGCUGGGCUUGGAGAAGUCGCCCUACUGCCACCUUCUGGACAACAGCCACUGGGCAGAGAUCUGCGAGACUUUUACCCGGGAUGCCUGUUCCCUGCUGGGGCUCUCGGUGGAGUCGCCCCUCAGCGUCAGCUUUGCCUCUGGCUGUGUGGCGCUGCCGGUGCUGAUGAACAUCAAGGCCGUGAUUGAGCAGAGGCAGUGCACGGGGGUCUGGAGUCACAAGGAUGAGUUACCGAUCGAGAUCGAACUGGGCAUGAAGUGCUGGUAUCACUCGGUGUUUGCCUGCCCCAUCCUACGGCAGCAGACGUCAGAUUCCAACCCUCCCAUCAAGCUCAUCUGCGGCCACGUGAUCUCUCGAGAUGCGCUCAACAAGCUCAUUAACGGAGGAAAGCUCAAGUGUCCCUACUGUCCCAUGGAGCAGAACCCAGCUGACGGGAAACGCAUCAUAUUCUGAUACCCGCCUGGGAGAAACUUUGUCAAAAGGGGCUUUUCACCCUUGAGCCUUGGUCUUGUCUACGCGGGGGUAGCUGCUGUCUGUGGAUUGUGGUUCACUUCAGCGCAAAUGGCCGAGUGCCACUCCAGGCAGAGGCCAAGAAGGGAGAUGAGCCAGUUUGUGCCAGGCAGCUGACUCCUUGGCCGUGAGGGUAGGCAGACACUGGCCUCUGCACUCCUGCCGUUUCCGUAUCUGUAUCUGCCACUGACUUAGUCACAACCAACAGAGAGGCAGAGGACUUGGCAGGCAACACGGACAUCUUCCCAGUCCUGGCAUGCUGCCCCCAGCCGGGUCGCUGAUGGCUACACCCAUGCUGUAUCUGCUCCUCCAGUGGUACAGCCUCACAACUGUAUGUAUCCACUUCCCACUGUAAAUAGUCCAGGUUUGAACUGAAUGCCGUGGUUUUAUAACUGAGCAAAUAUAUUCACAGGCCUUCUCCUUAC